AUCACUGAUAUUCCUUCACAUAGCUUGCCAAAUCCAUUAUUCUUAAUACAGAGGGCGAGACAUUAUAUUGGCUCUCCCAACCACAAACACUCUCAAGAACCAAUUAAGACCACACCAGCUAGCUUUGUGUUGUUUAAUGCUGUCAAAUUAAAGCUAGGACGAGGACGAGGACGACAAGGUUGCAGAUCAGAUAAUCUUUGAUGGCUUCGCAGAAUGUGUACCAAAUAGGGUUGAAGCUUGUUGUCACUGUGCUGCUCUUCUAUUCCCUCGCCCAGCUGCUCUCUCCCAUUUCAGGAAUAGGAAUAGGAAGAGGGAAGGAAGUGAGAAUGGUGUUGGGGUCAAGCCCACCAAAGUGUGUGGGGAGAUGCAUGGGUUGCAGGCCUUGUGUUGCUGCUUUGGUCAUUCCUCCACAUGACGACAAGAAUGGGUUCAGAAGACCUUCAUCUUCAUCUUCAUCUGGUGCAGGAGAUGAGAGCUACUAUCUCCUCUCAUGGAAGUGUAGAUGUGGGAACAAAUACUUCCAACCUUAAUACCUCAACAAUAAUGGGUUUCUCAAUUCUGUAAUUUAUUUUAUAAUAUAUCUUAGAUAUGCAUAAUUUUCGAUCAGGUGGUAUUGUUACUACUCCCUAGUAAAUAAUGGAUGGGUCGUAAUUUUUACAAUAUUGUUUUACAUGGUCAUGUCUUGUGAUGUUAUUAGGACAUAUGUUUAUUAGUAUUGUAUAUUCUAGCUUAGCCUAUGUUAGUGGCACGUUAGAGAAGCAAUUUCUUAUAAUAGUGAGAGAGCUGGAAGAGUAGGAAUGCAAUAGCAAUCCGAGAGGCCAAAGCAGAAGAGAGUAAUAGAGAUAGGACCUGGCCUAAUAGGCUAGUAAUACUGCAUCUAUUCUUAUUUUUUACUCAUUUUCUACUCUUUAUUAAGGUGUCAUUCUAUAA